GUUAACACGCAGCAGUUUGUUCACUGUCCAGUGCGAGAUGCGGUCAAGGAGGAGCGCUAUGCAGCACUGAACGGACAUGUAAAUGACAGAUUAUCUCGCUUUCCAGAUUUAUGUCCACUGGAUUUUCUGUUGAUACGGCGACAUGAACUCAAGUGGCUUAUCGGACGACAAGCUCGCCGCUCUCUCUUCCAUCUACAUUUCUGUGCUUAGUUUAAGUUUGAUUGGGAGCUGCUCUGUUUUAGUGUUAUCUGUUGUUAAGAGAGGACAUCUCAAUGAACAGGCUAAACCAUUGUUCCAGUUAGCUCUGGCAGACUUCCUGGCUUCACUUGUUUUAAUUGGCACCACCAUCAUCAACUUCCUGUCUUAUGAAACGCUACGCAUAAGUGAAGUCCUGUGUACUGAUGUACUGCCUUUGUCUCUGACUUUCUACUGUAUCUCUUUCCUUCUUGUCAUCAUUUAUGCCUGUGAGUCAGCACAUACUGCUCAAGGAUGGAGGGAGCAAAGAGAGGAAGAACACAGACGUCAGGGCAGUUGGCGGGCAUUUAAUUUUCUCUAUGUCUUUGUGUGGCUGAUACCCCUAAUAGGAUAUGUUGUCUACAUCAGAACCCUGACUCUGUCACUAGUGUCCUAUAUACCAGCACCUACAGCCUCCGAUAAUGGAGAAAAUGCGUGGACUGACACUAGAUUCUGCAAUAGCUGUAUUCUCUUCCUGCACCUGCACAUUGAUAAUAAUUUCUGUUCUACUGUGGAUUCACGUCAUAACAAUUUCAUUAGGGGGUUUACUUUUGCGAGUGUGUUGUCGGUCUUAACCUGCUGCACUUUGGUUUAUUGGAGGUUGCAGAGCUGGUACAGGCGUUAUGAGCAGGCUGGCAUGUUUAGAGACUCACAAGGAUGUAGAGGCAGAAUUUGGUCCUCAGCCCGCUACAUGAUUCUCGUCAUCAUCUUCUGCUGGACACCAGCUCUCGUUCUGAUAUGUUUAUCGUUUGCUUGCUCGGAGUCAGACAGACUGUUUCCUCUCUUAGUCAUUCAGGCGAUAUCAGUCUCACUGCAGGGGUUCCUCAACAGCAUCGUGUACGCCUGGAGACGCCGCAACUUCAGAGAAGCCGUGUUCGGAGAGAGACUGCCUUUGCUGCCUUAUGCAAAUAAAGCCUUUUUUGAACAAUCACUGAGUGAAACAAGACAAUGAAGAAAAAUGGAGAGAAUUCUCACUGUGUGAAUAAGGGAUUAUAAAGCUGAAGCAGAAUUGAGAAUUGUGUUUAUGAUCAGUACACUGUAGCACUUUUGUUUUUUAUGUUUUUACUACUUUUUUUCAUUUUUAUUUAUGGUUUUAAAGUAUUUGUAAUGUCCUGUAAUACCCUUUACUACUUACAGUAGCAUACCUGUUAAACAGUUGACUCCAAUGCACCUGACUGAUUGGAGACCAGCUUUGUACUGUUGCGCUCCAGAUGUCACACUCCAGAUGUGCAGAUAGAAGAUACCUUUUCUGCCUCUCUUUGAUGUGGAAUAUAAGGUUUGAGACUAUAAAAUUUAUUUUACUGUAUAUUUUUAUUUUAAAAGAAAAAGCUGCUGCAAAGAGGUACAUGCAAGGGUCGCAACAUUUGUAAAGGGCAUUUAUAGUGCCCUGAUAAAGAUGACCAAGAGGCAUCCUAGGGGUUUAUCAGCUUAAAGGUAUGAGAGAAAUCAGACCUUGAACUGAGGUGAAAUUGUUCAAAGAAAGAAAUAAAUAUUUUUCUCAAAAACGUG